GGAGGGGUCUCUAUAAUACCCUUAGGGCAUGCAGAGAGGGGAAGAAGUUGGUGAAGGAUAUCUACGCGAGGAGGAAAACUUCAAGAAAGAAGUAUGAUGACUUCCUCGAGAUGAUGUUAGAAGAGUUAGAGAAAGAAGAAACGUUAGUGAACGAUGAUGUGAUUGUAAGCCUCGUCUUCACUCUUUUAUUUGCCACUAAAGAAACAACCUCUACGGCCACUUGCAUGGCUGUGAAAUUCCUAGCAGAAAACCCAAAAGUUCUAGCUGAAUUAAAGAGAGAGCAUGAGGCGAUCUCCUUGCGAGCAGAGAGGACAAACAAAGUGGAGUUACUUGGGAAGAAUACAGAGACAAGAUGA